ACUACACAGACAGGAGACUAGAAUAAACCGAAAGAGAUUAAAGAAGGCUUUGAGGAUGGUCUAGAUCCCAUUACACGGAUUUUUUGCUAAAAAAAAAAAAAUAGGGGCAAUUUUCUUGAAGAACAAACCUGACCCACGGUAGUUCCUUUUCAUGAUGCAAAUUUCUUGAUUGUCAGUUUCUUGAAACGAAAAGCGAUUUUGUUUUCGAUUAUCUAAUCCGUCGUUCAAUACUUCAACACUCUAAUGUCCCCAUGAAAGAAAACUAAAAGCUGCUUAUAUGCUAUACAGAACUAUGAUGAGGUUAACAAUCUUUUUCACUACAUUUUCAUCUUCGCGGGCGCGCAUAGUAAAGCAGGUUGUGCGCGCGGGCAGGCUUGUUGUCGUGAUGGUAUUAAGAAAACGUCAAAAUCUAUUAUGACGUCAUGAAGACCGCUCUUUUACAAAGCAACCACUGAGGUGUUUGCACUUACAGAGCUACUCGGCAAACAGCUUCCUAAUGUAGAUACUUGAGUAAAUCUAGACAGCCUAAAAGAUCGAAGUUUUUAAUCAACAAUGAGAAUUUAUCUUAAGAAAAGAAUGUGCGCGGUGGAUGAACUAUUUUUGCCAUGACAGAGUCGGAAAAGGAUUCAAGCACUGUCACAGAAGGUGCGACGCAAAACAAUCGGAACUUCUUCAACAGUACUUCAGAGUUUUUCAAAUGCAACUGGAAAGUGAUUUUACCUUUUAUUGCUGUAAUUCUACUGUUCUCUGUUACCGUUUUCACGAAAAAGGACAUCACUUUUGCAGUCAACAUCUGGGUUUUUCCAAGUUUUGCUGUGCUCAUGGCAUCCUAUGUGUGUUCAGUUCUCAGUGUGCAAAACUGGAUUCCUGCUCUCCGACAUCAAGACUUUUGGCAAAAUCAAGGUCCGCCAUUUUAUCCAGUUGUCAAUGCAGCCCCUGCUCCACCCCCACCACCAAGCUACCCUCCCCCUCCUCCACCUAACACCAUAAAAGGACAUAAGGGCCAACGAAUCGACUGUAGAAAACUGUCUUGGGAGCAACUCAGCCCAGACCUCCUCAAGCAAGACACCAUCUGGAAAAAGGUUAAAGAACAUCUGCCUUUGGAAGGUAUUUUUGACUCUGAUGAUAUAAUAAGGGAAUUUUCUGUCACGUCAUUGUCAGGGAGUUCACUGAAAAAGACCAAAAGAGAAAAUGCAAUGGACGAAAAGAAGAUUUUCAAUGUCUCGAUCAUUUUGACGCAUUACAAGCUUAAAGCAGAAGGCGUUAAACAAUGCUUGAUGUCCGGGACCACACAGCUUACAUCUGACGUACUAAGACAGGUGUUGGCAUUUGCACCGGAUGAUCAAGAGGCCCGAGCUUUGCGGAAAAUGGAGAGAGAAAACGGGAUUUCACUUGAGCCAGCUGAGCGAUUUUAUCUUCAGGUUGCAGCGACUGUGCCUUCCUACAAAGCAAGACUCCGCACUGUUUUACUCAAAGCGCAGUUACAAGAAAGGAUCGCACAAAUCAAACCACAUCUUGAAACAGUCAUUACCGCCUGCCAAGAGCUUAUGGCCUGUGAAAAACUCCCAAAAUUCAUAGAGAUGGUCUUGACCAUGGGGAACAUCAUGAAUGGUAGCCAAACCUCCGCCUUUAAGAUAACCUUUGUUACAAAGCUGAUGGAUUACAAAUCAUCUUUGAACAAGGCCACUUCUAUGUUAGACUACCUAACGCGAGUUAUCAUCACAAAAUGUCCGCACAUCGCCGCUUUGGGAGAUGAUCUCAGACACGUGGAAAAAGCAUCAAAAGUUCCAUUUAAUUCUCUUGACAAGGAAAUAUGCGAGCUGUCCGCAGAAGUUGAGGUCCUUGAGGAAGACGUAGAGAAAAUAAACAACGAUAGUGUAGAGGAAGACUACUUCAGUGCAAGUAUUGGACUUUUUGCUGUUUCGGCAAAGGAAGACCUUAAGGACGUGUUAUCGCUUCGGAGGAAUGCCAAGCGAAGCUUUAGCCUCCUUGUGCAGUACUUUGGCGAAGAGAGUGAUAAACCGGAGGAAUUUUUUGGAAUCUUCGCAACAUUCCUACGGCAAUUUGAGGAUGUGUUGAAGACGUAUAGAUGAAUGUGCAACGCUGAGUCACCAAGAAAAUAAAUUUAAAUUCAAAGUAACAAAGUGCCCAUUGAAAGGGCGUUUAGUUUCAGAACUGUUUAUUGUAUGUAAACAAUCAUUACUACAUGCAUAUCUUCGAAAAAUUUUACAAAAUAAAGCAACUGCUUCUGUGCAGAAAAAUUCAUGG